AUGCUACGCUCUGCGGUGGAGGGCAUGGCGGCGGUGGUGGCAUCUGUGGUGUCUGCGGCGGGCGUGGCGCCGGUCUCCCACGCAGUGGCGUCAGCCGUCGACGCCAAGCCGCCGCCACGAAAGCGGAGCAGGAGCAGAAGCAGAAGCGGGAGCAUGGAGAAGACGCUUGGUGCGGCGAGCAAACGGCGCAAGUCGAUGCAGGAUGACGGCGUGUCGGGGAAAGAGGCCAAGCCCAUGUUGGUGGCCGAGACCACGACCGUAUGGGCGACCGAGACCAAGGCCGACCAGGCCGCCAAGACCUCCAAGACCGACAAGCCAGCCAAGUCAUUCAAGAAGCGCCGAGUAUCCAAGUACGCGUCGAUGCCGGUGCCGGCGUUCAAGAUCGUGCCCGGGACCAAGAUCCUGGUCGACGGCUUCCAGUACAAGCGGGCCGAGUACGCACACUAUGUGCUGACCCACUUUCACUCGGACCACUACGUGGGCCUCAACAAGAACUUUGUCCACGGAAUGAUCUUCUGCACUCCGCCGACAGCGCGCCUGGUGGCUGCCGUCAUCGGCGUCUCGCCGCACAUCCUCGUCGAGAUCCCGCUGCACACACCGACGUUUGUGGUGCCAAACGUGUGCAUGACCUUUGUGGACGCCAACCAUUGCCCGGGCGCGGCUGUUGUUCUCAUCGAUGUGUAUCCGUGGGCAGCAAACGGGACGCCGGAUCUGGCGGCAGCGCCGGCCAAGUACGUGCAUACCGGCGACUUUCGCUACGACGCCGCAGGCCUCAACCCGCACCUGGACGCAUGGCUCGGCUCGCCGCGGGCAAGCGUCGACGCCGUCUUCCUCGACACCACCUUUCUCAAGUCGCGCUUCAACUUUCCACCGCAGGCCGCCAUGAUCCAGUACGUAGUCGACCUCGUCCAGCGCGAGCUGCCCAAAUGGCGGCGUCCGCUCUUCCUCGUCGGCUCGUACACCAUCGGCAAGGAGCGGAUCGUGAUGGAGGUGUGGCGGCAGACCGGGCUGCGGAUCUACUGCUCACCGGCUAAGUUCGCCCUCCUCUCGCAGCUCGGCAACGAGGCGCUGGACAUGACUGCCUUCACCACCGAUCCGCAGGCCACACCCCUGCACUUUGUUUCGAUGGGCCUUGUCGGCUUCCGCACGCUGACCGCCAACGCCGCCGCGCUCCUCGAUCCAGCGGUCGUGGCGCAGUUUGCCGGCUCGGCGCCGCCGCCGCCAGCAGACUCGCCGUACGACGGCCUCGCCCCGGUCUACGACCACGUCUUUGCCAUCCGGCCCACAGGCUGGAACAACCGCGCCAAGGGCGGUGUCCGCGUCAACACCCUCGACGGUAUCACUAUGGUCGAGCUGCCGUACUCGGAGCACUCGUCGUACUCGGAGCUGCUGGCCUGCGUCAAGUAUCUGUAUCCCAAGAAGAUCAUCCCCACCGUCGACUGCUCGACCCGCGAGAAGGUCGCCGCCCAGCGCAAGCACUUUGAGGGUCUCGUCGACAACUCAGACAAUCGCGCCACUCUGCUCCCGUUUCUGCGCGCUGGCGCGGCGAGCGAGCAGAAGCCCAAGCCCGAGCCCAAACCCGAGCCCAAGCCCGAGCCCGAGCCCGAACGGGUGCCUAGGGGUGAUGCUGAUGACGGGCCCGCAUCCGAGGGCGAUGACGACGUCCUCUCGCUCUCGCAGUCUUCAUACGCGUGCGCGCUGCCUCUGCCCUCCACCCACACCAGCUCCUCUGACGUGCGGACCUUUGAGGAGCAUGCCACGGCCAUUAGCGACGAUCUUCUCGACGUUCCGCUCCAUGUCCGCUCGCACCAGCGAUGGCUCCUUGCCCAGUUCAAAGCCAAGGCCAAGCCGGCGUCCAAGGCCAAGCCGGCGCCCAAGACAAAGCUUGCGUCCAAGGCCAAGCCGGCGCCCAAGACAAAGCUUGCGUCCAAGGCCAAGCUUGCGCCCAAGACAAAGCUUGCGUCUGCAUCCACAUCCCAAGCCAAGGACGUAACGCGCGACCACGCUGCUGUGGCGCCGUCACUCGCCCAGCCUGUCUUGGUUCUCGACUCGGACUCGGACGACGACUUUGUCAUGAUGAUCACGUGA